AUGGCUGCAGCAAUUGCAAUGCUAUUGACAUAUCUCCUCCUCUUACUCCCAACACAAUUGAUCCACCCGUUUCCUCCAAUUCUUUUUUUUGCCAUAGCAUUCGCUCUUGCCCCUUUAACAGUAGUAAGCCUUGUUCCUCUUCUUACAGAACAUGUGUCCACUGGUCUUGGACUAUACAAAUCUCUAGAUAAUAUCGGAGCAACACUAAGCCAAACUGUAGCUGGUCUCGUUCUCGACGCCCAUGCCAAGCACAUCAACUACACCAAAACUCCAGAUGGGAUCGAACUCGGACACGAAGACGAUGAUCUCGGAGCUUUGCGAUUAUUCGCUGCGUUGAGUUUCCUUUGCGUUGUUGCAACUUUGAUAUUCUGGUGGCAAGACAAAACAUACGAAAAUGGACGUAUAAAUUCCAGAGAUGAUGGUAGCAACUAUCAUGAUACCGUCAAAUAUGGACAUUUGGGAGAUGAGGAGGUUACAAAUGGGACGCGUAUGAUGGUCAUGGAGGAUGAUACCAAUUACUCGAAGGAAGCAUUAAUGCAAAGAAGGAAGAGAAGCACGAUUUAUGUUGGAUUACUGAUACUAUUGCUUGCAAUCUGUUGGGGAUUGUUUGCUGUGGUAGCUGUAAAGAAAGCUAAUGUACAUCGGGUUGAUCCCGGGAAUAAUUCAACUGUUACGGCGGAACAAGUUUGA